UUUAUUUUUGCUGCAAAUGUUAAAGGAAAAUGUAUUGUUAUUUUAUGGCGAUAAAUGUCUGCUAAACUAGCUAGCCAAAAUACACGUACCCGCCAGGAAGAAGUUGAGCAUUGAUUGGCCGAAGUCAUCAUGCCUUUCCUUCCAAAACAAAUCCGUCUUCAAACAAUAUAUAUGCUAUUAGGGCUCCACCAGAGCCUUCCAGUACAUGUGUAGCCUAGUUGGGGACCAUGGCAGAGUGGAACGCCUACUACCAGAAUGAGGAUGAAGAUGUGGACGGGGAAGAAGGGGAUGAGUUUGAAGUGGACUAUAAGAGCACAGGGCGUGACAGCCUGGUGUUUCUGGUGGAUGCUUCCAAGGAGAUGUUCAUCAGUGGGGAGGAUGGAGAGCCCUCACCAUUUGACUUGACCAUGCAGUGUGUCCACAGCGUGUAUACCAGUAAGAUCAUCAGCAGUGACAAGGACCUGGUGGCUCUAGUGUUCUAUGGGACGGAACAGAGCAAGAACCCCAGGAACACUUUCAAGCAUGUCUAUGUUUACCAUGACCUGGACUCACCUGGUGCCCGUCGGGUGAAGGAUGUGGACGGGCUGCGUGGGGAGAACGGUGCCCAGGUGGCAGAUGAGACCAUGGGCAGUGGGAAGACCAACCUGGGUGAGGCCCUGUGGUGCUGCUCCAACCUCUACAGCGACGUCAAGUUGCGGCUCUCCCACAAGCGCCUCAUGAUCUUUACCUGCCGAGACACGCCACACAGGGGCGACAGCGAGCGUGACCGCCUAGCCCGCACCAAGGCCGGUGACCUUAAAGAGACUGGUGUGGUGAUAGACCUGAUGCAUCUGAUGAAGCCAGGUGGGUUUGACGUCUCGCUUUUCUUCUGCGAUGUGGUGAGCCCCCCCGAGGAUGAGGCUGAGCUGGGCCUGCAGAUGGAGCCUUGUGGGAAACUGGAGGACCUCCGGAAGAGGGUUCGAGCCAAGGAGAUGAAGAAGAGAUCCAUGGCAAGGUUGAAUCUGUGUCUGGGGGAAGGGAUGAACGUGGCGGUGGGUGUGUACAUCACGGUCCGACAGACCAAGAAGCCUAAUGCCGACAAGCUCUACAGAGACAACAACGAGCCCGUCCACACCAAGACACGCCUCUACCACACACAGACAGGCAGCCUGCUGCUCCCCAGUGACACCAAGAGGGCUCAGGUGUAUGCAGGCAGGCAGAUAGUGAUGGAGAAAGAUGAGGUGGAUGUGAUAAAGAAGUUUUCUGACCCGGGUCUGGAGCUGAUUGGGUUCAAACCCAUGGAGCGUCUCAAACUGCACCACCACCUCAGAUCUGCUCUCUUCAUCUACCCAGAGGAGGAGGCGGUCACAGGGAGUGCCUGUGUGUUUACAGCGUUGCUGUGCAGGUGUAGUGAGAGGAACGUGUUUGCUCUGUGUAAAUACACACGGAUCCGUAACUCUCCCCCACGCUUCUUAGCCCUGGUGCCCCAGAGAGAGGAGCUGGAUGAGGGCCAGGUCCAGAUUGAGGCUCCAGGCUUCCAUGGCAUCUUCCUGCCCUACGCGGAUGACAUCCGUAACCUGGACGCUCCUCAGCUCCCCACCGCCUCCGACGCCCAGGUGGAAAAGAUGAAGGAGAUAGUACACAAGUUACGCUUCAAAUACAGGAGUGGUGCCUUUGAGAACCCAGUCCUACAGCAGCACUACAGGAACCUGGAAGCCUUGGCACUAGAUCUCAUGGUCCCGGAGCCCAUAGAGGACCACACCAUGCCCACGGUGAAGAUGAUGGACAAGUGUCUUGGUUCCCUGGCUCAGGAGUUCAAAGAUCUGGUGUACCCUGCUGACUACAACCCAGAGGGCAAGACUGCACCCAAACGCAAACCAGCUGAGGACGCAGGUGGAGCAGAGAAGAAGCCUAAGGUGGAGAUGUCUGAGGACGAGCUGAGGGCUCACGUACAGAAAGGCACCCUGGGUAAGCUGACGGUGCCUGUGCUAAAAGACGCGUGUAAGCAGUUUGGGGUGAAGGUCACAGGGACCAAGAAACAGGAGCUAAUAGACGCCUUGAAGGCACAGCUCGCAAAAUGAGGCGUAGAUGUCAAUAUAUGUUUCUGUCGAUUUUCUGGUCAGAAGUACUUGGUAGCAGGAUUAUUGAUCAGUUUUUGCUUUGGGGUUCCAUUUUAAGGUUUCUAACCAGAGAUAUCUAGUUUUUCAUUUACGUUGCUCAUUUUUACAUGUUUUAAACUUUGUAAUAAAAAAAUAAAGGGUAAUUGCUUCAA